GAACAAAUUGAGAUCAUUUUUCUCAUCGAAGUUCUUCAUUUUCUCACCGGAAUUUUAUAUUUUCUCACCAGAGUUGUCACUUUCUCGGAGUCCAAACAACACCUCUGCAACAGUAGCCAUGGCUUCGAAUUCACCUUCCUCGAAUCGCCUUCGCGUAGGCUACGCUUUUCCCCCAAACAAAGAGCGUAAUGUGAUUCGGCCGUCUCUGAUUGACUACGCCAAGCUCCAUGGCGUCGACCUGAUCCGUAUCGACCUCCAAACGCCGCUCCUCCACCAAGGUCCAUUUCACUGCAUCAUUCACAAACUCUACGACGAUGCUUGGGCAGAGAAUCUCCAAGACUUUGCCUCCAAGAAUCCAGACGUUGUCGUCGUAGAUCCGCCGGACCUGAUCUCGAAACUCUACAAUAGAGUCUCCAUGCUCGAUGUGGUGAGCCAGGUGAAGGUUUCCGACACCGGCGCGAGGAUCGCGGUGCCGAAACAGAUCGUUCUAAAAGACGAAGAAAUUAAGGAUUUGGAGUUGAAAUUUCCGUUGAUUGCAAAGCCGUUGAAGUCAGACGGAAGUGCGAAAUCGCACGAAAUGUCUCUGGUGUUCAAUCGACGCGGAUUGAAGGAUUUGGACACGCCGGUGCUUCUGCAGGAAUUUGUGAACCACGGCGGAGAGAUGUUCAAAAUCUAUGUUGCUGGAGAUCAAUCGGUGUGCGUGAAGCGAAAAUCGCUGCCGGAUGUGGCGGAGACAGAGGAGGAAUUAGAGAAGAAAACAGAGGGAGCGAUGAAAUUUUCGCAGAUAUCUAGAGCAGUGGAGAAGAGCGAAAAAUGCAAUGGAGAGGAGAAAAAAGAGGAGGAAGAUGAGAUUGAAAUGCCGCCGGAGAAGGUAGUGACGGAGGUAUCGAGAGGGUUGAAGGAAGCGAUGGGGAUUAGGCUGUUCAAUUAUGAUAUGAUAAGGGAUGGAAAUGGUAUGUACUACGUAAUCGACAUAAAUUACUUACCGGGAUUUGCAGUAUUGCCGGAGUACGAGCCAUUUCUGACGAAGUUCUUCAAGGAAGUUGCGGCGGAGAAGAAGGUGGAAGAGGCGGAGGAUUCUGCCAUUGAAGACGAGAAAGUAAAACCACGGUGCUGCUGUUUCCAGUGAACGUGAAAGCUGUUACCAUAAUCGAGGGGAAUUAAAUUCACUUUUUUUUUUUAUUAAUUGUUUUUUGGAAAACCGUUUGCAUUUUUUUUUUUUUUUGGAAAACCGUAAAACCCCUAUUGUUCUAAAAACAAAUAAAAAUAAAAAUAAAAAUAAAACAGCGUACAAAACUUUAUUGAGGUAUAAUAAAAAAAAUUCUUGAAAAACGUAAUAGAUCUUAGGUGAAUAAAUUCUCCCUAAAAUUUUCUGUUAUAUCUAAUACAUCUUUCCCCUAUUCGACAUA